GAGAGAGAGACUCGGUGACUGGGGGUCCGGAGGGCGGCGGUGACUGUGCAGAGAGCGCGAUGCCGCCUGUGGACAAACUGCUGCUGGAGGAGACCCUACAGGACAGUCCGCAGACCCGUUCCCUGCUCAGCGUGUUCGAGGAAGAUGCCGAGACCCUGACAGAAUAUACAAAUAAACUGCUGCAGUCCAUGCAGAGGGUCUACGGGGCACAAAAUGAAAUGAGUAUCGCAACACAACAGCUGUCUAAACAACUACUUGCCUAUGAGAAACAGAAUUUUGCCUUGAGUAAGGGAGACGAAGAGGUGAUUUCUACUCUACAGCGGUUUGCCAGAGUUGUGGAUGAGCUGAAUUCUCUCCACACUGAGCUGGCUAAGCAGCUGGCCGACACAAUGAUCUUCCCCAUGAUCCAGUUCAGAGAGAGAGAUCUCACAGAAGUAAGCACUCUAAAAGAUUUGUUUCUCCUGGCUAGCAAUGAACAUGAUGCAGCAAUGGCAAAGUACAGCAAGCUACCCAAGAGAAGAGAAAAUGAAAAGUUGAAGUCAGAAGUGGUAGCCGAGGUUGCUUCUGCAAGAAAAAAACAGCACCAGACUUCAUUACAAUACUAUUGUGCCUUAAAUGCCUUACAGUACAGGAAAAGGGGAGCCAUGCUGGACCCACUGCUUGGCUUUACGCAGGGUCAGAUCAAUUUUUUCAAGAUGGGAGUGGAGAUGUUUUCUAAAACAUUGGAAGAUUUUUUGUCUUCUGUGGCCACCAUGGUCCAUAGUAUACAAGGACAACUGGACACUGAGGCAGAGAGCAUGAGACUGACCCAGCAAGAACUGCUGUUAGCCAACGAAUCUGUCUACAUCCCUGACAACAAUGCUACUGCAGCUCAACCAGCUAAAAGGAAUCUCCUGCAGAAGGCAGGCUACCUGAAUAUACGGAAUAAAACCGGGCUGGUGUCCACAUCAUGGGAAAGGCUGUAUUUCUUUACCCAGGGAGGAAACCUGAUGUGUCAGCCCCGAGGGGCCGUGGCUGGGGGACUGAUCCUUGAUCUGGACAACUGCUCUGUCAUGGCCGUGGAUUGUGAGGACAGAAGAUACUGUUUCCAGAUCACUGCACCUUCAGGAAAGACGGGCAUCAUACUGCAAGCAGAAGGCAAACAGGAAUAUGAAGAGUGGAUUUGUACCAUCAAUAAUAUUUCGAGGCAGAUCUAUCUCACUGAUAACCCAGAGGCGAUUGCAAUCAAGCUGAACCAAACAGCAGUGGAAGCAGUGACCCCAAUGUCCACGUUUCAGAAAAAACAUGAAAGUCUACGUCCUGAAAGCAGAGUCAAGCAUGAGCAGGCAGACGUUCCCAGCGAGGAGUUGGACAUGACCGAUUCCCUUGGUGUCACUGAGCCAGUCAUCCUCCCAGGAAGCCCCAUUCAGUUUGACUUUGUGCACACAGUGAGUGACGACCCGGAUCCCAGCAAAGCUGCUGUUAGACGGACAAACCCAUUUGGGGAGGUGGACCAGGACAAUGGGGUUGCCUCAGGAGACUCUCUUCUGCACCAGGUGUUUGUAGUUAGGCUUUUAGGAUCCGUUGAAGCAAGAUCUGACCAAAGCUCUGAAUUAAUCCACGAGGCAAUGAGACAGGUUUUGGCUGCCCGAGCAAUCCACAAUGUGUUUCGUACAACUGAGUUGCACUUGGUGGUUAAUUCUAGCAGCUUGAGAUUUGUUGAGCCACAAACCAAAGUUCAGAGAAUAAGUUUUGCACUUAAGGAUGUCACCCUGUUUGCAACCAACCAAGAUAACAAAAGGCUAAUUGGUUUGGUGGUACGUACCAAUACACAGACACCAAGAGGAGCCACACUCAACUGCUAUAUUUUUGAAACUAAUGAUGAUGGUGAAAAGAUAUGUUCUUUCAUUAAGUUUGGAAAAGAUAUUGCUCAGACUGAGAAGGAUCCUGAAGCUUUAGCUAAACUUAUGAAGGCCACUUCACUCAGUCCUGAUGGGAAGUUCUUGUUACUCAGCCACCAACCAGACAAAGAGGAAAAGGAAGAGGGCUUAGAGUCAGAGGCAUAACUACAAGUUAUUUGACUGAAAUGAGUAGAAAAAAAAACUUACUUUAAUUAAUCUCUCGGACUUUCUUGUAAGUUUCUGCUCCAAUAGAACUUCAUUGUAAAUAUAUAAUUUUGGACAUGAAGUUAUAGGUCAGUUUGGUGUAGUAUGAAGGCUAAUAUUUUACUAGUCAUGAGUAAUAUUACUUUUUCAUCAGGGUGUAUGAAGAAUUUAAAUUCACAUAAUUAUGCAAUAGUUGGAAUUUAGCUUGCAUGGUCACUCUUAAACUGUGCAAUUAGGGAACCAUUCACUUGGCCUUUUACACUUUUUUUUAAAAUUUCAUAACUUUCACAACACUUAAACUGAUUGAAGUACCUGUGCUUUUAAGGCUUUUUCAAGGUAUAAACGCAUAUAAAGUAGCCCUGUGCCUGGCUUAACCAGUUUUAUACAUAGACCUACACUCCAAGAGAAGGAAAGGGGCGAAAGGGCAAAGUGUUAAGGCCCUGACCUUAAUUGAUGGUUUUAUUUGAUAAUGAUUUGAUGCCUUAGUUUAAGAGCAAACAGUUUUGCUCCAGCAGUGUGUUGACUUGUACUUACUGGUUUAAAAUUCUAUGUAAAGCAAAAAGUCUCAAAUGACAAUCUGCUCCAAUAUACCACAGUAUUACUAAACUGUUCCUGGACAAGCUUACACUGACUAUUUCAGAGUCUACUUGUUAAAAAUGUGUAAAGUUUGUCAUUUAUCCUCUGUCAGCUUUAGAACUAUGGAUCACGAGCAUAAGAUUUGAACAGUUCUGUACUCCAGCUAUUUUUUUAAACACAUUUUCAAGCAAUACUAACACUUUGUUCAGUAUUAACAUACUAACAAAUACUAAUAUUUGUUCAGGCUCAGUAUUCUUCACAAGGGCAACAAGACAAAAGCUCUUACCCAACGGUUUAGAAAUAUAAGCUUUGAAACACUACAGCAAUCUGAAGAAAAGCAACAUCACUUACGUUCAGCUACAGUAAACCUCUUAACUCUGCAGUUCCCCACUGAGCUCGGGUGUGCACUGCUGUCUAUCCUGAUAUGAAAGGCACAAUACAAAUGUAAUUUGUUGUUGUUAUCCAAAUUAUGAAUGCUGGAUCCUGUAGGGUGCUGCGAUUGAGUCAGCUCCACCAUUGGUAGCCACUACGACUCGAAACUCUCUCCAUCAAUCCCUCCGCCUCGCCCCCUCCCUCCCCACCUACAAAUUCUGCCUGAAGACCUUCCUUCUUGAUUGUGCUUAUGGUCACAUCCCCCCUCCCUCUCCCCCUGUGCUCGGUAUCAGACUUGGACAAGACUUGUUUUAAAUUUCUCAGAGUAAUCGAGCAAACCACCCGCUCGACAAACUAACAAAUUUUCCUCACCAGCUCCUUCCAGCAACAUUCGAGCCGAAAGGUUGCACUCAGCAUUUCACAAAAUGUUUAAUCAUCAGGAUGUUCCUAACACUAUCAAUCCAUUUUAUAAUAAAAUAUCUGUCCACCAACUCCUUAAAAGUCAUAAAUCGGUGGGUGAGAAAAAAAAGUUUUAACUUUUUAAAAAAAUUUACAUUCUCUUUUCUUUGAGGACAAGAGCAAUAGAGAUGUUAAAAUGUUCUAAACCCGAGUUACCCAAUUAGCCUCUUACUGACUUAAUUGCUUUACCAGAAUGUGUGAUUUAUAUAAUUUACUUGUUUACACCUUAUACGGUUCCUUAGUUCCUUAUACGGUUGUCAGGACUUGUCUUCUGUUUUCAAUAUCCUCAGGAACAAAAUAUACCCGGUUUGUGGGAUUUUCAGUUUUAAGAAUUGUGAAUUGAAGAAAAUCUAAACACAGCUAAGGCUUUAACUGAGAACAACAUUAAAAUAACAAAACCAGUUAAAAAGUAAAAGACUAGAAUUGAAUAUUCUGUUUGAAAUUUAAUAUUCUGCUAAUCUACCCUGUGGGCUGUAGUGAGCGUAAUCAUAUGGUCAGUGAAGUAGGAGGUUCUAUAUUUACAUGUGGUAGUAACAGUAUGAAUGAACACAAUGACCAAAUAACCCAUGUGGUUUUAUUUUUCUAAAUCUGCAUGGAGCUCCCUGAACCUGUAAGCCCAUGCUGCUGUUAUAAACAAGACUUUGUAAAGAUAAAAGAAACCUGACAUUCUGAAAUCUUUUAAAAGGAAUGUUCUGAAAUAAAUCUUUGAAAUGAGAA